AUCACAGAAAACCUCCACUGCCCCUACAACAGCCUGCUUCUUGUGCUCAGGAUACACACACACACACAGUCAAUCAUAUCUCACGCUGGAGUCAGACUGAGGAAACCCAACGUGAGGGAAGGAAGCGGUGAAGCCAGUGGGAAAGCAGAUUUCUCCUCGGGUUGGCAGGAUUCUGAGGCUGGGUGAGGACUGAGGACUGAGGACUGAGGAGCGAGCCUGAUGAGAACGGAGAAGAUCACUUAGAUGCUUGACCACAACACAAAGGAAUAUUUGGCAGGCAGCUACGCGGGCACCUCCACCACCUCUUGGACUUUCGUGGAAGACGUCAGGAGGAAAUUCUUCACAUUCUCUUCAUCUUCAGGAAUUUGGGGAGUCCCAGCAGUUGCUGCAGCAUCAAACUGCAGGAGGACGGUCGUCUUGGAACCCCCCCACCCACCGGUUCUCCACCACAAGCAUGAGUCUGUCACGCAAUGGGACACUGGAGAAGACAUCGGAGCAGCCCCACUCUGAGCCCAACUCCCCCUCCAGAGGGGCCAGUGGCGUGGUGCCCCCGCCAUACUCCAUGGGGGGCAGCGAGGUUGCCGACGCUCCGCUGGAGUUGAGGGGCUCUCUGGACUGCUGGGCCUGCUCCGUGCUGGUCACGGCUCAGAACCUCAUCAUCGCGCUCAUCAAUGGAACGUUGGCCGGCAUGGUGUUUGGUAUCAUCCUCACACCUGCCCUCGUCAUGAUCAUAUUCGGCUUCCUGUGCCACUCCACGGUGCAGCCUCACGGUACAUCCGUGUACUGUUCCGACCUGUUGGACGACGCCGGCUGCGUGGCGCUACUGGUGGUGGGCUUCCUGCUGCUCACGCCCCUGCUGGUCCUGGCGCUGGCGGCUUUCUGUCGCCUGGCUCGCCACCUCCAGCUGGGCAUGUGCUUCAUUCCGUACAGCCGGGCCGUUUACAAGAACCUGCCCCCCACUCGACGCAGGGGGUCCGGCGCAGGUGGCUGCUGUGGCCAGCAGGGGGCUUUAGAGAGGGAGAGGAAAGGCAGUGUUUGGGUGUAAGGAGAGAAGAGGAUUUUGAUGUAUUUGCAAAGUAUUGGACCGUCUUGGCUUCCCAAACUUUGUUUUUCCUAGUAACUAUUCUUGCUGAAGCCACUGUAAAAGUCUAUCUAAUACUCCCAUCAAUGGAACUGAAUGUUUGUAAGCAGUGUAUUCCCUUCCUUUGGAUUCUGUAAAAUAUCUUUUUCCAAUAAAACUUUAUUUGGCAGUCAAUACACCAUCCUUAAAGACAGAAAACACACACUCAUGAAAAUGUGUGUGUGUGUGUGUGUG